ACCAGAGAGCUUUUAAGUUCUAUAUCACUAAAAAGCAAUGAAAUUGAAGCGAAGGCCCAAGAAUUAUCUGAAGCAAAAAGAAUCGGUGGUGACUAUCGCGAACUAGUUGAGAACUAUAAAUUAUUAAAGUACGAAUUGAGUGAAUUAAAAGCGCUAUUUAUCAAAAUGAAAUUGUCGCAACAAAUAAUUAAUCCUUUGGAAGUCCACGGCCCCACUAUUGAGGGUGAAGUCCAACCUUUGAAUUAUAAACGAAUCGCUUUAGACAUGAUAGACUCUUCUCCUUUGGAAUCCUUAACCUGCAGCGCACUCAAGACGGCGUAUAAAAGAAAAAAUAUAGAUUUUCCAGUAGUUUUCGAACGAGAUCUAAUUAUUGGGCAAAGAGACUUUGGACAAGUUAUUACUGCCUUGGAAAACGGCAGCAGUUUUGUAUAUAUCCUAACCUCUUUGAGACCAGGUAAUAUUACUCUCGCGCAUCACGUACUAUUGACCUUUUGCUCUGGACUGCAGCGCUGCUACCACAUUCCCGUAAUUGUUCAAGUGUGCGAUAUCGAAAAAUUUUACCUUGAAGAACUCGUAUUAGAAGAUAUACAGAAAUUAUACCACGACAUGGUACCGCAGAUCUUAUCAUGCGGAUUUGACCAAAACAUCACCUACAUCUUUAGCAACAUACAAAAUUCCCAGUUUAUGUAUCCCAAUAUUAUUAAAAUUCAAAAGCUGAUUUCGGUUCAAGAAAUAAUGGACUUCUACUCUCUUACUAUAAACGAUAUAGCCGGUUUUGUCACACAUCCCUCUUACGCCAUUGCCGCCACUUUCGCAUCGUCCAUUCCCUCUUUAGCUACUCACUCGCAAGCAUGGCGAUGUCUCUGCAUUUACUUUUGCGAAAAGGACGUUCACUACCGUCUGGCCCGUAAUAUUGCCUGCAAUAUUGGUGAGACCCCACCAGCCACACUGGCUCUAAAGAUCUUCCCCGGCCUGAGAAGCGUUGGAACCAACAUGUUAUUGGAAACGGCGGCUAACAGCAUUUUUAUGGUGGAUACAGCAGCAGUUAUUCGCAAGAAGAUAAACUCGUGCUUAAGUGGAGGCAGAGAGACAAUAGAAGAGCACAGGAAACUGGCAAGUGCAUUAAGUACAUACAAACAAGUGAUUGUUGCUAUUACAGCCGGCUUUGUGCAGGGCGCCAUUAUAGAAAAGGACGUCGCUAUCGAGAUGUUUCGAUUCCUUUGUCCGACCAGUAAUGCUUUUCAUGCGCUCGUGUCGAAGUAUGAAAAUGGGCUCAUUCUCUCUGGCGAGAUGAAGAAAGAAGUGAUAGCGAUAAUACAAGAGAUUGUUAUCUCAUAUCAGCGGGGACUGCAACUAUAA